AUGCAUGCGUGGAGUGUGGUCGUUGUGGCCGCAUUGUGUCGUGUCUCAACAUGCGCACUACAAACAGACCAAAAAUACUGGAGUGGGUUAGCGGAGAACGAGUUGAAUGAAGCGCUACAAAUUAAAUGGAAUCUGGGCACGGCUAAGAAUGUCAUCCUCUUCGUGGGUGACGGAAUGGGACCUAACACCGUCACGGCCGCUAGGAUAUACCAGGGUGGCGAGACGCACCGCAUGUCCUUUGAAAAGUUCCCCCACCUUGGUCUGCUUAAGACGUAUUCCGCCAACAAAAUGGUGCCAGACUCAGCCUGCUCGGCAACAGCGCUAUUUAGCGGCGUGAAAUCUAACUUGGGCACUUUAGGACUGGACGCAACUGUUCAGCAAAACGAUUGCCAGGCUUCGCUGAAACAGGACACCAGACUAAAAUCCUUGGCCGCGCUGGCGUUAGAGGCCGGGAAGAGCAGCGGGCUCGUCACAACGAUGCGGGUGACGCACGCAACGCCCGCGCCGCUAUACGCUCACAGCGCUUCCAGGAAGUGGGAGUGCGAAGCCAACAUGCCGCCGGAAGCCGCCCAGUGUAAGGACAUCGCCCGCCAACUGGUCGAGGAUUGGCCCGGGAGGGAACUGCACGUUGUUUUAGGUGGCGGACGGCAAGUCCUGGUAUCGAACUCUACUGGCUCUCCGGGAGAUCCAAUCAGUGCCUGGUCAUGCUAUAGGCGGGACGGGAGAGACCUGAUCGAGGAAUAUAGGAAGGACAAAGAUAACAGAGGCCUAAAAUACAAUGUAGUCUCGAAUACGAGAGAGCUACAAAAUAUUGACGACAGUGCUGACUACCUUUUCGGUAUCUUCGCAAACGAACAUCUGAAAUACGAAUUUGAAAGGGACAAAGGUCCCGAAGGGCAGCCCUCGAUUUCGGAUAUGACUAGAGCUGCGAUACAAGUGUUGAAGAAAAACCCCAACGGAUACUUCCUGAUGGUGGAAGGCGGUAAGAUAGACCUCGCCCACCAUCGCAGCCGAGCGAAGACCGCGAUAGACGAGGCCUCGGCGAUGGAACGCGCCGUCCAGUGGGCCGUGGACCUGACGGAUGAUGAGACGCUGAUCAUCGUCACCAGCGAUCACACCCACACCUUGACCAUCAACGGAUACCCAGAGCGGGGCUCGAGUAUCUUUGGCAUCGCCGGCGUCUCCCCCUUCGACCGGAUCAACUACACGACCCUCUCCUACGGUACGGGGGGACCAGGCUCCCUCCAUUACACCGUGAACAAGGAGAACGGGACAAUCACUAGGAGAGAUCCUAGCGGGGAGGAUGUAGAGAAUUUCAUGUACGAACAGAUCGCCGCAAUACCCUUGGACGAGAACAGCCACGGCGGCGGCGAUGUCGCAGUCUACGCAAAGGGGCCCCACGCACAUCUGUUCCACAACGUGCACGAGCAACACUAUGUAUUCCACGCCGUGGCUUACGCGGCAAAAAUUGGACCCUACUCAAAAGCGACCAGCGGCCAUCUCAGCCCGCUACUCCUGUUCACAACUUGUCUAUUUAUAAUCUGUUAUAGAAAU